AUGCUCCAGAACGGUCUAGGACCCGGUGACACUAACACCCAUAAAGGCACUAUCACCAAAGUUGUACUCAACAGAGAUUCAGACGCUCCAAUCGAAAUUCAAUACACCGAUACAGUUAAAGUCGGUCAUGGUUCAUUCGGUAAUGUUUACCAGACGUUACUUUUACCCUCCAAAGAACAGGUUGCCAUCAAGAAGGUACUUCAGGAUAAACGAUUCAAGAAUAGAGAGUUGCAAAUUAUGAAAUUAUUGCGUCAUCAAAACGUUGUCUCCAUGAAAUACUACUUCUAUGACACGGAGGAGAAAGAUGAAUACCUCAAUUUGAUUUUAGAGUACAUUCCAGAAACUCUUUAUAAAUCUUCCAGUUACUACCUACAGUCGAAACGGGUGAUGCCAGAGCUGGAAAUCAAACUAUACUCUUAUCAACUUCUGAGGUCACUUAACUACAUUCAUUCAUUGGGAAUAUGCCAUCGUGAUAUAAAGCCACAGAAUUUGCUGAUUGACCCGUACCAUGGGAUACUAAAAUUAUGUGAUUUUGGCUCUGCAAAGAUUCUUAAUCCGGCAGAGCCAAAUGUCUCUUACAUUUGCUCCAGAUUCUACAGAGCGCCCGAGCUCAUCUUUGGUGCCACCAACUAUACGACUAAGAUAGAUAUAUGGUCAGCAGGUUGUGUCAUAGCGGAGUUGAUACUAGGAGAGCCUCUUUUCCCUGGAGAAAGUGGAAUAGAUCAGCUUGUGGAGAUAAUCAAGGUCCUUGGUACGCCCAACAAGGAACAGAUCCGUGCUAUGAAUCCCAACUAUAUGGACCACAAAUUCCCAUUGAUCAAACCAAUCGAGUUAACUAAAGUUUUCAACAAUUGCGGCAUGGAUUGCAUUCAAUUAUUAGAGUUAGUUCUUAGUUAUUCACCAUUGGAAAGACUCAGCGCAGUCGAAGCUAUGAUUCUUCCCUACUUUGAUGACAUGAGGGCGUCAGAGGCUGUAUCCUUACCGGACUACCGUCAUUUUGAUUCUGGACCUCGUCCCGUAUCGUCUCUCCUCAACUUUUCAUUGCGAGAACUAAGCGUCCGUCCUGAUCUAGUCAAUAAUUUGAUUCCUGAAUGGAAAAGAAAGAAAUGGGCCUCCGAGACAGGCUGGGACCUGGACAACUUGGUUCCAUAUACUCCAGAACAACUACAGAAUCCACAGAUCAAUUAA